AUGACCGUCACUAGCAAGAUGAACAGUGUUUCCCGCCAGUCGGUGCUGAGCCGGCUCGGCCCAGGCGGGCUACUUUACGCUGCAAAUAAAAUCUUAGCGGUUGCUGCUGGCAAAGAUGAGGAUCGUUGGCGUACUAAGAACGAAGGCGCUUUGUUCAAGCGCUGGAAACGCACUACUUCAUCCGUAGAUACCACUCCUGCCGCUCCUACACCAACCACCCCGUCAUCGCAACCAUCAGAUUUACUCAAGUUUUUAGCAAUUAAUGCAUUGGAGCUCUCUGCACCUGCAUCCGAUGCUCUACUUAAAUCACGAUCAUCGGAAUGGUUUCAAUUGUCUGGACAUCCGGGAUCUUUGGCACCAGCAGGUCCUGGUACAGUAUGGAAGCGCCGGGCGGCUGGCGAUCAUCCUGCGCACAAUCCUGAACGCGACGCAUAUGAGGCUCUAGGGGCCUGCCCACAUAUGCGAUCAGCGAUUCCUCGAUUCUACAGGGAGCUAGAAUAUGGUGGUGAACAUUUUAUUGAAUUACAAGAUCUUCUUCAUGGUUUUCGCGAUCCUCACGUAAUGGAUAUCAAAAUGGGGACUCGUACUUUCUUGGAAGACGAAGUCAGUAACGCUCGCGCCAGGACAGAUCUUUAUGAGAAAAUGGUUCGUCUGGACCCUAAUGCCCCCACUGAAGCUGAACAUGAUGCACGUGCUGUUACUAAGCUACGUUAUAUGCAAUUCCGUGAACAAUGCUCAUCGUCUGCUGAACAGGGCUUUCGGAUUGAAGCAGUUAAAAUGCCCGGUGAACCACCCCUUACAGAUCUUCAAAAAGUAAGGGAGCCAGAACAACUGUCAGCUACAAUCGCUCGUUUUUUCGAAAACAAUGAACGGGCUCGAAGUGCAAUUGCUGCUCGUCUUCGGGAAAUCAGAAGUUUAUUCGAAAAGUCUGAGUUCUUUCGAACACAUGAAAUUGUUGGUAGUAGUAUUUUCAUUAUAUACGACGAUGAACGAGUUGGAGCUUGGCUUAUUGAUUUUGCUAAGACUCGACGAGUGCCAAAUGAAAUCAAAGUAACACAUAGGGAACCCUGGCAGCAAGGAAACCACGAGGAAGGGUUUUUGUAUGGAUUAGAUAGGCUUAUAAAUACAAUAGAAACGGCAAGAUUUUCUGAAACAAUAACAGAAUCAGAUGUAUCACGUUGAACAUUUGGCGGGAGGAAAUUGGACUCGCCUUGCAUUACAUGCACCCUUCGCUUGGCCGUAGGUCCCCAGGGCCGCUCUCCUGUCGCCACCGCUGAGCUUCGGAGAUAUACAGAAAAACUACGUUUGUGUUUGUUCAUGUGAAAGAGAAUGCGAUGUAUUAGUUAUUCAUUUGAUCUAGUCUUUCAAUAUUUAAUUAUACCUUUAUUACAAUUU